AUCUUUACGCGCUUGAUUCGUUGUGAUCUGUUUUGUUGUGAGUGAUAUAAAAGCGUUGUCGGGCCGAACAGGAGGUACAGUCAAAUACUAAACCUUCAUACAAUCAACAACUGUUCAACACAGACCUCUGCGAAACAAUCCUUCAAAAUGUUCAAAUUGGUGGUGUUGUCUGCUGUUCUUGCCGUUGCCGCUGCUGCCCCAAGUGCGACCUAUCUUGCCUCGGCACCUUUGGCAUACACGUCUGUGGUUCAUCAGCCAGCCGUCGUAGCUCAGAAGGAAAUUGCCUACCAGAAGAGCAUCAUCGAGGAGCCAACCGUUGCCCACGUAGGAACCGUCGUUAAGAAUGUCCCAACUGGAGUUAGCCACCACAGCUCGUCGGUUGUUCACCACGAUGCCAAGAUCUCCGAGCCAGUGUUCGCCACCGGUGUGAAGAAGACCGUUGUCGCUACUCCAGUUGAGAAGACCACUUAUCACCAGACUUAUGCUGCUGCUCCGGCCAUCGCCUAUGCUGCCCCAGCCAUCAAGACCCACUAUGUUGAGGCUGCCCCAGCUCUGACCUACGCCGCUGCUCCAGCUAUCACCUAUGCUGCUGCCCCAGCUGUCAAGGCCCAUUACGUCGAGGCUGCUCCAGCCCUGACCUAUGCCAGCUACCAGCCAGCUCUGACCUACGCUCAUGCCCCAGCCGUUUAUGCCAAAUACUAAUUGAUAGGACCUCGGAUAUUGAAGGAUGACUGUCGGAUUAUUUUUCUCUUGUUCACGCUUUGGUUGUUUCUAGUGAAAGAUGAGGAAGGUAAUGCUUGAGCGGGAGAAUAAAUUUUUCGGUAGUGAUAUUUUGU